AUGGCAGCAGAACGACAACAACGGCAACAACAACUUACGCAGACCAAUGCCGAGGCGUCUAGACCUUCUGGUAGUCACGACUACAAGGGAUUUGUGGCGGGAGUGUUUAGUGGGAUGGCCAAAUUGGCAGUCGGUCACCCAUUCGACACGGUCAAGGUCCGUCUACAGACGUCGGAUCGGUUCAAGGGAGCGGUAGACUGCGCGAUGCAGACGGUGCGGCGGGAGGGCGUGCGCGGGCUGUACAAGGGGGCGUCCCCCCCGCUGGUGGGCUGGAUGGUGAUGGACUCGGUGCUGAUGGGGUCCCUGAACGUGUACCGGCGGCUGGUGGCGGACAAGGUGUACGGCGUGGACCGGUCGGCGCUCCCGACGGCGGGCCACGGCGUGGCCGGCGUCAUGGCCGGGGCGACGGUCAGCAUGGUGGCCGCGCCGGUGGAGCACGUCAAGGCCCGCCUGCAGAUCCAGUACGCCGCCGCCAAGGCGGACAGGCUGUACUCGGGCCCGGUGGACUGCGUGGGCCGCAUAGUCCGGCACCACGGCCUCGCCGGCCUGUACCACGGCCUCACGGCCACCCUCAUCUUCCGGUCCUUCUUCUUCUUCUGGUGGACGAGCUACGACCUCCUCUCCGGCCUCAUGAGGCGCCGGUCCGGCAUGGGCGACCCGGCCAUCAACUUCUGGGCCGGCGGCCUGAGCGCUCAGCUCUUCUGGGUGGUCGCCUACCCGGCCGACGUGGUCAAGCAGCGCGUCAUGACGGACCCGCUCGGCGGCGGCCUCGGCGACGGCACGCCGAGGUACCCCAGCUGGAGGGCCGCCGCCGUAUCGCUGUACCGGGAGGGCGGCACGAGGGCCUACUUUAGGGGUUUCAUGCCUUGCUUCCUCAGGGCCUUCCCCACCAAUGCUUCUGCUCUGCUGGUCUGGGAGCUCGUCAUGCGCGGCAUCGCCUAG